UUGAUCGCAGUCUGCUGACCUGAACAGAACUUGGACUGAGGCUGAAGACGUUUUCACAAAUACGGGAGUAUGUACAAGUAUGGAUAUUGAGAAAUGGCCUCACCUUUCUACUGAAAACACGCUCGUGUUUGUGCUCGUUUGUUCUCUGGUUUGUUCUGGAGCAACACAUCAGGACGAGACUAACGGUGUCUCCAGAACGUACGUCACAGAGGGGGAAGAUGCCGUCCUUCACUGUUCUUCUGUAGAAAGCCUUGAGAACACGGUGGUAGACUGGAUGAACCAAGAUAAAGAAGUGUUCCUCUACAAAAGAGGCCGGCACUACAAGAACGGGCUGUGCUGUCAAGAUGAGCAGUACAUGGGACGAGCGUCACUUUUCUACGACGAGCUGAAGAACGGAAACGCAUCCUUGAUCCUCAGCAACACAAGGAUUGAAGACACGGGGACUUACACCUGUGAACUUCCAGGUUUGAGUUCUGGAAUCCAAAGGUCCACGGUGGAGCUCAUCGUCGAACGGGUCCUCAGAAACAGAAUUGGACUUGAAAAAGGAGCCGUUCAGGCGCCAGUCCUUGAAAUAUCUGACGUGUCAGAGGCCGGCGUGGAGCUCCAGUGUGUGGUCAGAGGUUCUUCAUCAAAGCCGAGUGUAGAGUGGCAGACGUGUGAAGGAACCUCUCUUAAUUCAGAGGAGCCACUGGUCUCUGAGACACGAGGCCGUUACGACACCACGCUCCUCGUCACUGUGACGGAGACGAAGACCAACUGCUUCCGCUGCGUGGUCAAACAGGAGGACAUUUACCACAGGAUUGAUGAGGAGUUCAUUAUGCCAAAGAAACUCUUUGAGAAAAAGUCCUCCCACAGCACAGUUGUUCUCCUAGGCGUUGCCGGAGUUGUCAUUGCUGUGUUAAAUGUUCUGGUUCUGGCUCUGUGUCUGAUGAUCAAAAAACUCAGAAGUCAACGCCAAAACAGUAACCAACGAGAGAACAGGGAUGAUUCAGUGAAGGUGAACGAGAUGGAGAUGGAGCACAUGAACUCAGAUCAAAACAUUGGAAACGGAAGAACUGACACCAAGAACAUGAGGAAUGACACAGUGAAGACAGAGGAGGAGACAGAGGAGGAGACAGAGAAGAAGACAGAGGAGAAGACAGAGGAGAAGACAGAGAAGGAGACAGGAGAAGACAGAGGAGAAGACAGAGAAUGAGACAGAGAAGGAUACAGAGGAGAAGACAGAGGAGGAGACAGAGAAGGAGACAGAGGAGAAGACAGAGGAGGAGACCGAGGAGGAGAGGCUCUUGUCCAGUGACAGCUCAGGUUCAGCUUCUGACCCCAGGGCCAAAAGGAGAAAAAAAUCCCACUUUGAAUGUAAAAAUAACCCAAACGAUAUGAAGUUAGUCAUAUGAGCUUCAAAUGUUAUCAGGUUUGUGUCUGUAGACGUGUUCAGGGUUGGUCUCUUGUGUCACGUAUGAAGUUUCGAAGCGAUCGAUCAAUGCAUGUUGAAGUUACAGGGCACUUCCUGUUUUGUGCCAAAUGGUCGGUUUUUAUGUUGUAUGAUAAACGCCCACUUCCUGUUGAGUUGAGGCCGUGGUCCCAAUGGACUCUUUUGUUCGUCUUGAUCUAUUACGAGUUCCCACCAAGUUUCGUGAAAUUCGGUGGAACUUAAUUUUGACUUGCUCCAUCCACCUUUGGCCUUAGGGGGCGCUAUAGAGCUGUUAUCUGUUCUUCCUUCAGAUUAUUAUAAUCUCCGUGGCUUUGCGAUCAUUUUUGAGCGGGUUAACUUGAAACUUAGCAUGGAGGUCAGGUCUGUUGAAAAUGUGAUAUUGGCAUAGUUCCCCGACCUGUGCUUUGCUCAAGUGUUGUUAUAGCGCCCCCUAAGGUGAAAACAGAGGCAAAAUUGAGUUCCACCAAAACUAGGUGGAAAGAUGUCACAGACCAAGACGAACAAAACAGUUGACCGUAACCAUGGCCUCAACUCAACAGGAAGUCGGCCAUUUUGGCGAUUUGCACCCUACGUAAAUGAGCGAAGUCGUCCGAGCUCGUGUUUGUUGCACCGACACAAAAACACGCCAUUUAGUCGACCAUUUUGCCACAAAACAGGAAGUGCCCUACGACUUCGUCACACAUUGACCGAUCGCCUUGAUAAAUCAUACGGGACACAACACACCGACCCUGAACAUGUAUACGUUAAGUAUUAUGAUGCGUAUUUUAUGUCUCUAGCGUUUCCUGUGUAACAGACGAUCGAUUCCAGAGCCGAUGGAACGGCAAUGAAUUGUCCAAAGAGAAUUUUAUAUGUAUUUUUAACUCCAGCUGUCAAACAGAGAAGCUAAAUCAGGGGUGCUCAGUACGUCGAUCGCGAUAAAAAAAAGAAAUAGACGUCAGCCUAUCAUCCAUCCCGUCACUUGACUGAUAUACAGGGCAGCCAGUCAGAUGACAUCUGAUUGUGUUCAUUGUGGUGUGUUGUGCAAUAUGGGCUCAUGUGGUUAUGCAAGUUACAUCAACAUACACUGUACAUACUGUAUAAAGAAUUCUCAAUGUAUUUAUAAAUAUAUGUUUUGCCUUUUUGUAGUAGGUAGAUCAUUUUGACUUUAUAUAUCAUUUUAUAAGUAGCUUGCAUGCUGAAAAAGUGUGAGCACCCCUGAUGUAGAUGAAUGUAAUGUUUCUGACGUGAUUUAAAGCACCGUGCCUCAUAUGCUUCAAUGCCCUUAAAUCUGCACACUGGGGCUUUAAAGACAAUGUGUUUGCACUGUUAUCCUUUAUGUAUUUAAGGAAUAUUUUUAUGUAAAAAGAAAGCUGUGCCUUCUUUAUUUACUGUAUGUACAUGAGUCACUUUAAUAAUGUAAAAUAAAUGUUUUUUUACAUC